GAGAGGAAUUGUCAACAAAUAUGGCCAUACAAGGCAUUGAUGUACUGGGAAUACAGGAACACCGCAUUGUGCAUGAGGAUGAAGUCCGGUAUGAAAGCAUACAUGGUAACACCCUAAUAACUACGACAGCAAGUAGAAACCUGGCUGGUGCAGCAGUUGGCGGGGUGGGGAUAUUGCUGAGCACGAAAGCUUUCAACUCACUGGCAAAGGUGACUCCAUUCAACGGGCGAAUACUGAUUGUAAGCUUCCAGGGAAAUCCAGUAACGACCAUAAUAGUUACAUACUGCCCUACCAACGUAGCAGAUGAAGACAUCAUAAGUGAGCACUACGAUAGUCUCAGGAGGGCAAUACAGUCAGUCCCAGCACACAAUCUCCUGAUGGUUGUGGGAGACUUUAACGCCAGGCUAGGAGAUGAAGAGGCAAGGUACACACUACACAGUGAAACUAAUAGAAAUGGCAGGAUGCUAUUAGAGCUGACCAGCGAGCAAAACCUGAUUAUCUGUAACACAAGAUUUCAGAAGAAAGCGGGGAAACUGUGGACCUACAUGAGCCCGGGAGGAAAUAGGUACCAACUAGACUACAUUCUGAUUCGUAGGAAGUGGCAAAACAGUAUGCUAAACGCAGAGGCGUACAGCACUUUUGCGAGCGUAGGCUCUGACCACAGGAUUGUUUCAGCUCGAGUAAGGCUCAGUCUGAGAAAGAAGAAGGCUGAACCAAGGAAGAAACGGUAUGACUGGGGAGCCCUCAGAGUGAGCACAGACCUUCAGGAGUGCUAUGCCAUAGAAGUAUGCAACAGAUUCCAACCCUUGUACGAAGAAGGUGAAACCGCGACAGAGAGGUAUGAGAGGUUUAUAACAGCAAAUGAGGAAGCAGCAGAGGAAGUGAUCCCUGUCAAGAAAAGAGAAAAGAGAGCAGAAUACUCCAGUGAUCCACGAGUGACACAGGCCAGGGAUGAGGUCAACAAAACGUACGAAAUAUUCUUACAAAAUGGACAUGAAAAGAACAAG